AUGGCAACAGCAGCUGUCCUCCCCUCACGGGAACGCGUCGAGCCCGGCUCAUGCAAUAUCCCACUUGGAAAAUUGCCUACUACAGCAACGAGCACCCCAGAGAACCCCGUAGAAGUCGCCGGGGCCGUGAUCCAGCAGCUAAACAGCGCCCUCGCAAAGAAAGACUCGACAGCGCUGAAGCAGUUGUUUAUUGAAAACAGCUACUGGCGCGACCACCUCAUCGUCUCAUGGGAUUUCCGCACGCUUAAGGGUCCGGAGGCGAUUGCGUCGUUUGUGGCCGAUGCAUCUCUGCAGUUUGAGAUUGAUUCCUCGUCGGCUAUGAGGGCGCCGCAUAAUGGGCCUAUUGAUGCUUUUGGUGAGGUGCAUGGUGUUGAGUUCUUUGUUAAGGUGGAGAAUGAGACUGGGGCUGGUCAAGGUAUUGUGAGGCUUGCACAGGAGGGGGGUGAUUGGAAGCUCUUCACUAUUUUUACUUCGCUGGUUGAGCUUAAGGGGAAUGAGGAGAAUGUGAACCAUCGUCGGCCGGCUGGCGUGCAGCAUGGUGAGCUGCAGGGGAGGAAGAAUUGGGCGGAUCGAAGGGAAUCGGCGGCUAGCUAUGAGGGUGGAAAGGAGCCUGCUGUUCUCAUUGUUGGUGCCGGACAGGGCGGUCUUACUGCCGCCGCGCGCCUGAAGAUGCUCGACGUCGACACCCUGGUCAUCGACCAGGAAGACCGGAUCGGAGAUAGCUGGCGACGCAGAUACCACCAGCUCGUCCUGCACGACCCCGUCUGGUUCGACCACAUGCCCUACCUUCCCUUCCCAUCGCACUGGCCGAUCUUCACGCCGAAGGACAAGUUGGCGGAAUUCUUCGAGUCCUAUGUCAAGCUGCUCGAGCUGAAUGUCUGGACCCGAACUGAAAUCAAGUCUUCCUCCUGGGACGAGCAGACGAAAAAAUGGGCUGUCAAGCUGGAGCGCAGGAAGGAAGACGGUACCACCGAGACGCGUACCCUGCAUCCUGCCCACGUUAUUCAGGCGACUGGUCACUCCGGCAAGAAGAAUCUGCCUGUCUUUAAGGGGAUGGAGAAUUUCCGGGGUGAUCGCAUCUGUCAUAGUUCGGAGUGGCCUGGUGCGAAGGAGAACUCGGCUGGUAAGAAGGCUGUUGUGGUUGGCUCUUGUAAUUCCGGCCAUGAUAUUGCACAGGACUACUUUGAGAAGGGCUAUGAGGUGACGAUGGUGCAGCGCAGUUCGACCUGCGUGGUGUCAUCCAAUUCCAUCGUGAAUAUCGGACUGAAAGGUCUGUACGAAGAAGGUGGCCCUCCCACCGAAGAUGCAGACCUGUAUCUGUGGAGUAUCCCGCCCGAGCUGUUCAAGCUGCAGCAGACCAAGGUGACCCAGGCGACAAGCCAGAAUGACGCAAAGACCAUCGAGGGUCUGGAAAAGGCCGGGUUCAAGGUUGAUCGCGGUCCCAUGGACGCCGGAUUGCUGGUCAAGUACCUCCAGCGCGGUGGUGGAUAUUAUAUUGACGUGGGCGCGAGCCAGUUGAUCGUCGAUGGCAAGGUGAAGGUCAAGCAUGGACAGGAGAUUAGCGAGGUCUUGCCGAAUGGACUGCGUUUUGCGGACGGGUCGGAGUUGCCGGCUGAUGAGAUUGUGUUUGCGACGGGGUAUCAAAAUAUGCGGACGCAAGCGCGGGCCAUCUUUGGGGAUGAGGUUGCGGAUCGCGUGGAGAAUGUUUGGGGUCUGGAUGAGGAGGGUGAGAUGCGGACGAUCUGGCGUCACAGUGGUCAUCCCGGUUUCUGGUUUAUGGGCGGUAAUCUUGCGUUGUGUCGGUACUAUUCGAGACUGUUGGCACUGCAGAUUAAGGCGAGAGUGGAGGGAAUUGUGAGGGAGUAA